AUGGCAUUUUUCAAAUCCUCAUCGUCACGUCAGUUUAUAUGGAUGUCAUCUGAACUAGCAAAUUCUACAUCUGUAUCCUCUACCUUGCUCAGCCGAAGCAAAAGACAAUGUUGCGCAGCCUGCACCACGGAUAGCUGCUCCUGUGGUGGAUGUCCAGCUCAACUGUUGCUUCCCAAACAGCCACAGGUAGUCUGCCCAGAACGCUGCCAGCCGAUGUGCACAAAUGCUUGUGUGAUGGAGACUGUAACAUGUCCCAGCCGAUGCCAACCGCUUUGCACCAGCACCUGCAUAAUGGCGCUUCCAUCAGUACCGGCACCAGUUGUACAGUGCACUCCACAGUGUAUGCCGUACUGUGAGCCGUCAUGUGUCAAUUCACCCAUGAUAGCUCAACCAAUGUGUGAAUCUCGCUGUAUGCCAUCAUGCUCACCACAAUGUGUGCAGACCUACCAGGUACAACAGACAUGUGUUCAAGAAUGUAUGCCCACUUGUCAACCGACUUGUAUUCGUGCAAUGGAGGUUCGCCAAAUAACAACGACAACGUGUGUGGAAGCCUGUCGACCUCUCUGUCAACCAUCUUGUAUUCAAGCUGUCACUUGCAGUACCUGCAUGAACGAUUGUCCGGCUAUGUGUGGUCAGCCGGUUUGCGUUAAUGCUUGCAUGCCUCGUUGUCUUCCGACAUGCAUCCAGGCUAUGCAGGUACAAACGAGACCGGUCCCAAUGGUUCCUUGUUCUCCGGGCUGUGCACCACCGUCAUGUUCACCACUUUGUAUGCAGCAGAGUUGCCCACAACAGUGCAUGCCAUCAUGUACCCCGUCCUGCAUCCAGCAAUUCGCUACCCAACUUUCUCCAACGAAAACAUGUGCCACUGAAUGUAUGCCAAGCUGUGAAGCUAGCUGCCUUGCACAGGUAACAUGCGCUCCGACUUGCAUGCCUGCUUGUGCACCGUCAUGUGUUGCUCUUCAUCAACCUGCACUGCCACCUCCUCCACCUGCUCCGCCUGUUGCACCAGCACCUCCGCCAGCUCCAGUGGCUUCACUACAGUGUUCUGCUGCUUGUAUGCCAUCCUGUCUACCAUCGUGUACCCAACAAACAGCGCAAAUAGCAGUACCAUGUGGAAAUCCAUGCUAUUGCCAACCAGGAUAUGUGCAAUGCGCUGAGACAAUGUGCUGUCUGAAGUACAGGAAUUUGGCGUCAAAGUUUAGAAAAUUGAAAAACAGUGACAAAAAAGAAGAGAUUUUCAACGACAACGAGUGCAAUAACAAUACCACAACAAUCUGGAGAAAAUUAAAAUGUAACACCUGCGUCCAAGAUUGUAUCAGGAAAGAAAAUAUGAUCUAUGAAGAUGGACCACAAGACCGCGGUCUCAUCCGUUCAGUUCAUCUCUGUUGUGCAAGAUUGGUUACCUACUCACAGAUCUCAGCCAAACUGAUAUUUGACUUCAACGAUGACCCCAUUGUUGAACAUGCUUUUGGAGUAUUGGAAUAUCGAGCCCUGGCAGAUGCUGACGAUCUUUACGAACCCGUAUGGAUUCUUAGUCAGAUUGUUCGUGAGCGCUUCGUCAACAUAAGCGACCUAAAAUGCGGAUAUCUCUACCAAUUUCGACUCACACUAGUAACUACUCGAAUUAUCGAUCGACGUACAAGUUUAUGGAUUUCAAAUCGAAAUCUCUGUAGAUAUUAG